AUGGACGGUUUCGAGAAAACGAGCCUCGAGGAGGACAACUUUGGCGCCAGCGGAGGCAUUGUCAAGGCGUUUGACGCAUUCCCCAAGUCGAAGCCCCAAUAUGUCCAACGGACGUCGGACGGCGGCAAGUGGACCAUAGCCAUGCUCUUCUUUUCUGUUCUGUUUGUCUGGGCUGAGGUGUCCCGCUGGUGGGAUGGCACCGAGUCGCACAACUUUGCCGUCGAGAAGGGCGUCUCCCAGGAAAUGCAGAUCAACCUCGACGUCGUGGUCAACAUGAACUGCGAGGAUCUACACAUCAACGUUCAGGAUGCCGUUGGCGAUCGCAUCGUCGCCAGCGCGAAGCUCAACCGCGACCCGACUGUUUGGGCCCACUGGGCGACUCGGCAAGGCGUGCACAAGCUCAAUCACGAUGAGCACGGACGUGUGGUCACGGGAGCUGGCUGGCAGCAGUUUUCCAUACACGAGGAGGGUUUCGGAGAAGAGCACAUCCACGACAUUGUCAGCCUGGGAAAGAAGAAGGCCAAGUGGUCCAAGACGCCCAAGCCAAGAGGACAGACUGACAGCUGCCGCAUCUUUGGAAGCAUGGACCUGAACAAGGUCCAGGGAGACUUUCACAUCACUGCCCGUGGCCACGGCUAUUACGAGACUGGCCAGCAUCUUGACCAUACCAAGUUCAACUUUUCGCACGUUAUUAACGAGUUCUCCUACGGUCCUUUCUACCCCAGCCUCGAAAACCCCCUCGACCGUACAGUCAACUUGGCCCCUGCCAACUUCCACAAGUUCCAGUACUACCUGUCGGUUGUGCCAACCCAGUACACCCACGGGUCGAAGACGAUUACGACGAACCAGUAUGCAGUCACGGAGCAGAGCGCUGAAGUUGGCGAGCGAGCGAUCCCGGGCAUCUUCAUCAAGUACGACAUCGAGCCAAUUCAGCUGUACAUCAAGGAGACCCGCGCCACAUUCCUCUCCUUCAUGCUGAAGAUUGUCAACAUCAUUAGUGGCGUGUUUGUGGCUGGCCACUGGGGCUUCACGCUCACCGACUGGGCAAAAGACAUCAUCGGGAGGAAGCGCCGAAGCGGCGGAGGCGUGGGUGUGAUCGGCUCCAAAGGGGGAUUUGAUGACUAG